GUCUGUCAUUUCCGGUCGUGCCCCCCAGAAGAUUGUGAUGACCUUACAUAAAUGGCGCAUUGCUACUGAAAUUUGCAAGGAACCCUAGUAUCUGAUAAGGAAACAAAAGAGGCUGGCAUGGCAGAGGGAAGGGCAGAGAUGGAAGAAGACAGGGGAGAUCUGCCCAACGGAGAGGAUGACAACGACUCGGAUAGAGAUGAAGAUAACAGAUUAGUUGGUUGGAUAUUACAUGAAGAUAUGGAUGAGGACGAGGAAGAUGAGGAAGUGGACGAUGAGCAGUUAUUAGACGCUGAAGCAGUUGAGCAGGACGCCCCAGCUGAGCGCAGUGGUCAUAUAGCAGUGGUUGACAGAAACAUCAUGUAUGUGUGGGGUGGAUACAAGAAUGCUGAAAACCAUGGAUUCUUCGACUUGUAUCUGCCGAGAAACGAGAUCUGGACCUACAACAUGGAGUCAGGAGUCUGGACAAAGCAUAUAGCUGGAGGUAGCCUCCACACAUCGAUGUCAGGCAGCUGUGGGGUGUGUGUUGAUGGAGUUCUCUACCUUUUCGGGGGGCAUCACGCCCGGGGAAACACAAACAAGAUUUACCGCUUGCCCUUGAGAACUCCCAGCCUUGUGUGGGAGGAAAUGAGGGAUCUUAAAGGACUUCCGCCAUCAUCCAAGGACAAGCUGGGCUGCUGGGUUCAGAAAAACCGAAUUAUCUACUUUGGGGGCUAUGGCUACGCUGCACAGGGCGCUCAUCGAGGGACUUUUGAAUAUGAUGAAUCCUCUUCUCUUGUGUGGGACAGCCCUGGGCGAGGCUGGAACAACCACAUCCAUAUCCUGGAUCUGGAGACGUCAACGUGGAGUCAGCCAAUUACCACGGGGGACACCCCUUCACCCAGAGCAGCUCAUGCCUGCGCAACAGUUGGCAACAGAGGCUAUGUGUUUGGUGGCCGAUACAAGAACUACAGAUUAAAUGACCUGUACUAUCUUGACCUGGACACGUGGGAGUGGCAUGAAAUGAGCGUUCCCCAGCAGGGUCCAGUGGGCCGUUCCUGGCACUCCUUCACUCCUGUGUCACCAGACCACAUCUUGCUAUUUGGAGGUUUCACCACAGACAGGGAGACGUUGAGUGAUGCUUGGCUGUACAGUGUGAGCAAAAAUGAAUGGAAGCCUUUCAAACACAGUCACACAGAGAGCCCCAGGCUGUGGCACACAGCGUGCGCUGGUCCAGAUGGCGAAGUGUUUGCGUUCGGAGGGUGUGCCAACAACCUGCUGUCGCAGCACAGAGCUGCACACAGCAAUGACCUGCUGGUUUUCAAUGUUCAGCCCAAAUCAUUAGUUCGGUUCUGCAUGGAGACCAUCCUUCAGCACAGGGAGCGUUUGUCUAGCUACUGGGACUGUUUGCCUAAACACCUCCUGCACAGCCUCAAACAGAGAAUGGCACGUGUCAACACACUGGGCUCUUAAGAGGACAAUUGGAGGACAAUAUGUAUGCGUGGAAGGGAUACAUGCUUUCUGAAAGCAGGUAGUCCUUUUCAUGUCAGUGGAUACUUUCAUACAUAAAAACCUCUCCAAGGAAUGCUGAACGGCUUCGGAUUUGUUAGAAAUGGGUCCCGCCUGACGCAUGAUGGUUCACAGGCCAUCCUCAAAACUGUUAAUCACCUUUAUAGAUGUUGCCGGGACAACCAUCAUUGUUGAGUGGUUUUGGUGAUGCGAUAGCACAGAGGAGAAACCUCUCACUACAUUUGGGAUUAGCUUUUUUUUUUUUUUCUCUAAACAUUCUUUGCCCAUCUUAAUUUUGAUGAGUCGUUUCGACAGUAGUGAUGAAAAGCUUAAAUGAUGGCGUCGUUUUCUGUCCAGAUUAGAUGAGUCUUAUGACGACAAACGUGAACUAAAAACAAAACUUAAAUUCAUUAAGACAGUGAUUCUGUAUCAAACAACAAAUUAAAAAUAAGUUUGUUGUAAUUAUUACUAUAAUUUUUGAGAAUAUCUUGAAUACAGUGUUUAUUGAUGUUGAAUGAUUUUCCGAAGUUCUCACAGACCUAAAACUUGUGCUUGAUGCUACACAUGACUAUCUACUUUAAGGCACAGAAAUGCUAACUUUAAGUUUUUAUGUGUAUAUAUGAUUAUUUAUGUGUGUGUGUGUGUGUGAGAGAGUGUGUGAGAUUCUGUACGUUCAAAGAGGUUUUUAAAGCCUGAAAUUGGAGAAAAUAAAUUGUUGAAAGUGG